AUGUCAAGUCAUAUGGAAGCUUCAAAAUUCUUUAAACGCAGUGCAUUUGAUAAACUCAGUUUAGAAGCAUUAGGAUGGUUAUUAGUGGCAUUAUCCAGUGGUGAAAAUAGUAAUAAACACCAAACAAUUGAAAUAAUAUACAAACAUCUCAAAGAUAAAGUAAGUGAAACAGGUGAAACAGCUAAUUUUAUUACAUCAUAUGGUGAUGAUGAUCAAUCAGUCAUGUUACAUUCAAAUCAACGAACAGAUGCUAUAUUAUUAGAAUCAUUCUUAUAUAUUGAUCCAGAGUCAACUUUAUGUACAAAAUUAUGUAAAAGUUUACAAGCGCAUAAAGUGAAAGGUGCAUGGAAAUCAACACAAGAAAAUUGUUUUGUAUUAAUUGCAUUAGAGAAAUAUUUUCACAUGAAAGAAAAGGAUACACCAGAAUUUGUUGCAAAUAUUUGGCUUGAUAAUGAUUAUUGUGGUCAACAUGAAUAUAAAGUUCAACAUCCAUGGUAUCCUCAAUUGCCGUUAUUACCAAGUAGGAUACUUGGAUAG